GUCGCUGAAUGGAAAGCACGCACUGAAUGCAUGAUACUUUAAGUUGGAUUAUUUAAAUUAAUUUGGUGUAGCUAUUUUGUAAGAUUUUCGUUUUAAUAAUUUAAGCAAAAAAUAUGUCGCGCAAAAUAAUUAUUCCUUCCCUCGUUGUGCACAUUCGAUCCUUUCGAAUUUUUCCGUGAUUUAUUCAUUCCGUCAUCCCUUUUCCCGCGCCCCCCUAAUCGUCAAACUCAUCGGCGAUAUAAACAGCGAUAUAACCUCCGGUAUAUUCUGAGAUGAUCCGUAAAAAUCAGUAGAGAUGUCAACGCAGCAGCUACCGUCGGCUUUCCAUCUUGCGACGUAAAAAUCCCUCUCUGUUCACCUCAGGUAUCGGCGAUAAUUCCCGGAACAGCUAUGGAAUUCGUGCGGAAUCUCGUUGCCAGCAACCUGAAACGAUCGUUCCUCAAGGCGCCCGUGACACGCCUGCAACACGUGCGAUGCAUCAGAUUAGCAGAAGUCGGCAAACUGGAAACGCCAAAGUUACAAGGAAAGUACGAUACUGGUCAAUUGAUUUUACACAGAGUCUUUGGUUACCGGGGUGUAAUUCUAUUUCCAUGGCUGGCAAGAGUAUAUGACAGAGAUAUAUCUAAUAAGAAGGAUGAAAAGGACAACAGCAAUUUCAACAGUGUUGGCGAGAAAGAAGUAAAAGGCAGAACGCACACGUUUUAUCAAGUUUUAAUCGAUCAACGCGAUUGUCCCUACAUACGUGCUCAAACAGAGGCAGUUACUUUCCUAGGAAAUCACGAGAGCAGUCGUAGCUUGUAUGCUAUUCCAGGAUUAGAUUAUGUCGCUCACGAGGACGUAUUGCCGUAUACCACGAACGAGAAAGCGGCGUUGCAGCACGAAUUGUUCGAUAAAUUUCUAACUUAUCAUUCAGACAAGGAGCCGUGCUUCGUUGCGCAGGAGACCCUUCGCACGUGGCAGAAGAAGAAUCAUCCGUGGCUUGAGUUGUCAGAUGUACAUAAGGAAACGACCGAGAAUAUUCGCAUUACCGUCAUACCGUUUUACAUGGGUUGCAGGGAGAGUCAGACCACGUCUGUAUACUGGUGGCGCUAUUGCAUCCGAUUGGAAAAUCUGGGCGAACUGAGUGUACAAUUGCGCGAGAGGCACUGGAGAAUAUUCAGCCUGUCGGGUACAUUGGAAACUGUCAGAGGAAGAGGAGUAGUGGGUCAGGAACCGGUGCUAUCGAAAGCUUUACCCGCUUUUCAGUACAGCAGUCACGUGAGCUUGCAGGCUCCCAGUGGUCACAUGUGGGGAACGUUCAGGAUGGAAAGGGAAGACGGAUACGCGUUCGACUGCAGAAUACCACCGUUCUCCUUAGAAUCGAAGGCCGAGCCAUCCACGCCCAACGUAGAAAUCUGAUUCCUCGACGGAUGAAUUGAGAUAACUAUAAGCGAUGAUUAGUUAGAUAAAUAUGUAACAACUAUUAGGUGACGAUAAUAUAGUUUCAAGUAUCGACGAUUGAUCUGAGCGUGAGUCUUGUGAUAAUUUUUGAAACUAAUAUUUCCCCACAGAGUUUCAAUAAAAUUAUACUGUACAUACUUUCUCCUAAAAAAAAACCCUGUUACAUUCUCCCGUGUAAGAGGAGAUCUAGCCCCCAUUAUCCACUUUCUAACACGCGGCUUAAUUUUAAUGAAAUUUAAUAAUAUGUAAAUGUAAAAAAAUUUUAAAUAUAAUGAAUAUGUAAAUACAGAGAGAAUACUCAAGUCAA